AUGGCGAUGUCCUACUGGUGGGUGAUGGACUCCAUCUCCCAAGAGGACAGAUGGAACCUCCAGCGCCCGAUUCCAACCAACCACAAACCUGAACCAAUCCCGUUGGUACCACCCAUUCUAUCGGUAAUGGAUGACACCAUCAUCUUAGCCCCAAACAUCAAUGCCCUACAGAAGAUCGUCCCCACUAAAAAACCCCGACUACUAGUACAGCUGAAGGGACCAUCACACUCCCGCAACGGACAUCUACCGGACGUUGAUGAAAAUGACACCUCAGAAAACCAAUUCGAUCAAGAAGCCGACCCACUAAGCGACCAGAUCAUCCUGCUCACAGAGGAGACAGAAGAAGAAUCACAAUCCCAACCAUCUUCCAACAGCCAGGAUGACGAGACCACUUCAAACAGAAAUAACUCUGAGCACCGUCAACAUACAUACGUCGCGCCCUGGCUAUUCACUAGAAGCACAUCAGGAUACACCAUGCUCAUACAAGCCCAAGCCAGAAAUGGUCAGCUCCUGACCGCACAAAGAAGAGAACAACGAUUUGGAGAGGCAGUGACCGACAUGCACCACCACCAGCCGCAUAUGGGGACACUGGGGGAAGACCAGGCAAGCACAUCAAACAAGGACAACGGACACAACGACUGA